UUUUAUUUUUACGAAACGUUAUUUUUUUGAGUUCGGUUGAGCAUGAAUUCAGUUUUAGCGAACUCCAAGAAUAAAAUAAACUUACAAAUUAUUUUUCGUUAUUUAUGUGAAUGUAACGGAUCUGCUGGGGAAAACGAUAAGCAUAAUAUCCACAAGAUAAAAGAUACUUUAAAAUCUAUGAAAGUUAUACCACCUCUCUCAAAUAUUAGUUUGACAAAACCAAUGCCAGCUAAUAAAAGAAUUAAACAAAAUGAAGAAUAUUUGAUAAGUUCUGAAUCUCUAAAUGCAACCACUGAUAUAUUGAAAUUAAUAAAAAAUCCUCAAGUUCAACAUCAAAUCAAGAGCGAAAUUUUACAAAAACUAAAUGAUGACUUAAAAAAAACUGAAAUCAGAAAAAAUGGGCAGCAAUUAACGACUUUGUUUACUGGGAUGAAGAUUGAUGAUACUAAGAGCAAAAAAUUAAAAACUCAACCUAUAGAAUCUGAAUCUAUAUCUAAAUCAGGCAUUAAAAAUACCUUGACUCAUAGUAAUCAUUCACAAUAUAUUGUUAACAAGAUGUUUGGUUCAUUGAAUGCAGGAUUAUCGGAAGAACCCUUAAUGCAAUAUAAAAAUAUUGGAGAACUCCGUCAUAAAGUUGAUUUAUUUGGAUCAACACCAUUAGGCAUAUUUAAAAAUCUUGAUAAUGCUGAGAAUCCUAAUCAAGAUAAAUAUGGUAUGCAAAUUUGGGACAAGUUGGAACUGAGGGAAUUAAACAAUUAUGUCAAGCAACCUCCCAUUAAUUCCUUUGAAGAUUUAAUUGAAAAAACUGAAAAGGGAAUUAUAUGGCCUUUUCCAAUUAAUAAUGAAUUAGGUAUGGAAGAGGAAAGCAAUAUUCCCUUUUAUGAACACAUAUUUGUUUAUGAUUAUUUCUUGAAUAAAACUCAGAAUUUACCUGAUUCAAACAUUUUAAAACUAUCCGUAAUAAAACGUUUCAUCGAAUUAGUGUGUGUUGGAUUAAGUAAAAACCCUAACUACACAGUUAAAGAAAAACGUGAGACUAUUGAUUGGUACUUGGAUUAUUUCACAGAAAAGGAGAACAUAAUCCGUACAUCAUACGAAGAUGCACCUAAAGAAAAAAUAUUAAUCUCAUCAUGAUUACAUUUUUUUUCUCCUUGAUCAAUAGAUUCCAAUUUAUUUUAGUUUUAUUUUAAAUAAGAAUAAAGUAUUGAGUAAAUUAACUACAAGUUUAUCUAAGUUGGAUGACCCACCUACCAAUAUCGUUAAUUAUAUCUUAUCGAUUAUAAUUGUAAAUAAUCAUUCUUAUUUUAUAUAUUUAAAUUUUCAAUACUUUGGAUUGCUCUUUGGACACAUUAUACUAGCUAUAAAAAGUAAUAUUUGAGUAAUUUAAAUUUGUUGAUUAUAGUUUAUGUAUAAAAAAAUAUAUUUUUAUUUAGUCAUAAAAUGGUAUUAGUAAUUGUCGUGAUAUCAUGUUAGUGUUUCAAUUAUUUCAAAAAAUUUGGGUUGUUCCUCUGAGGAAUAAGCCACAAAAUUCGAUCAUUUAUAUUUAUUUAUUCUAUUAAUUAAAACAAUCAAUAAUUUUAUUUGCAAAUAAAU